AUGGUUGCUGGGGAGACUUUGGGGUCACACGGGGAAUAUGGGGUCCCUGAAAAUAACUUCCCCCAACCCUCACGGCUCCCCACUCUCCUGUCCUCCCAGCAGCGGCCUGAGUCCCCCCCUCGCCGAGACAGCCUGGCCUCCCUGUUCCCCAGUGAGGAGGAGGAGAGGAAAGGUCCCGAAGCGGCAGGGGCAGCAGCGGCUCAGCAGGGCGGCUACGAGAUCCCCGCCCGCCUUCGGACCCUGCACAACCUCGUGAUCCAGUACGCGGGGCAGGGCCGCUACGAGGUGGCCGUGCCUCUGUGCCGCCAGGCCCUGGAGGACCUGGAGCGGAGCUCGGGCCACUGCCACCCCGACGUGGCCACCAUGCUCAACAUCCUGGCGCUGGUGUACCGGGACCAGAACAAGUACAAAGAGGCCACAGACCUCCUCCACGACGCCCUGCAGAUCCGGGAGCAGACGCUGGGCCCCGAGCACCCCGCGGUGGCCGCCACCCUCAACAACCUGGCUGUCCUCUACGGGAAACGUGGCCGGUACCGGGAGGCAGAGCCCCUGUGCCAGCGAGCCCUGGAGAUCCGAGAGAAGGUCCUGGGCGCCGACCACCCAGACGUGGCCAAGCAGCUCAACAACCUGGCCCUGCUCUGCCAGAACCAGGGCAAGUUCGAGGACGUGGAGCGGCACUAUGCCCGCGCGCUGAGCAUCUACCAGGCGCUGGGCGGGCCCCACGACCCCAACGUGGCCAAGACCAAGAAUAACCUGGCCUCAGCCUACCUGAAGCAGAACAAGUACCAGCAGGCGGAGGAGUUGUACAAGGAGAUCCUCAGCAGGGAGGCCCUGCCCGCCCCUCUCGCAGCCCCCAACAGAGCCACGGCUGGUGACACAGAACAGCAGGCCCUGCGUCGGAGCAGCUCAUUCUCCAAGCUCCGCGAGUCUAUCCGGCGAGGAAGUGAGAAGCUGGUCUCCCGGCUCCGAGGCGAGGGGCUGGCAGGAGCAGCUGGGAUGAAGAGAGCCGUGUCACUCAACAUGCUGAACAUGGACGGACAGAGGGCUGCCGGGACCCAGGUGAGCCGGAGGACACCCAGUCAAGGGCGGGAUAGGGGCCAUGUGGGCAGGCCCAGAGUCGGGAAGGUGGAGCUGCCCAGCUGGGGCCGGAUUGGUGCUGGAACACACCCAGGACAGAGGGGAUGGGUCUUACUUGGGUGGAGGCAGGAGAGGGACAGGCUGGCUGCCAGGCCAGACCAGGUACAGGGGCCAUGGGGUGGGCAGCGGCCACAGUGCCACUGGAGCAGGGCCGUGGCUGCCCCUCACCCCUCCAAUCAGCCCGUUGCGUCCGUCCGCAGUUUCCCAGCCGGCACCUGGGCGAGGCCCCUCGGACCCUCAGCGCCAGCACCCAGGACCUGAGCCCCCGCUGAGGGC